CAUCAAAAAAUCCAAGAACAAAAUCCUUUCGUUGUUUKGUGAACAGAGCAAACGAAACAAAAAUGAGUACCGAGUCGAGUUCAUCGAGCCCUUGAGRUGUUGCUCACAAUACAGAAACGCGAUUGGAGGAAAGGAUGCCAUCUUCUAUUCUUASCAACAGUAGUAGURCUGGCGUGCGGACUAGGAAUCGAGCCAUACCGCUAUUCACUCCAACGAAUCGUCGUGCGUUUUGCAGCUGCAAAUUUGCUUCCAUCGGCCUGUGCAACUUGCUGACCAUUGCGAUGUUGAUUUCUACGAGAAGCUUUUGCUGGGCGCUGAAACAAUCGUCGCCGUUGUCAUCGCUGACUAAAAGCAGAAGUUUCGGCAACGCAARGGCUUUGGUGUUUGGAACGACUCGUAUCAACAGCAGCAGCAACAACCGCGAACCACCACGAUCUGUUUCACGAUAUUUUAGCAAUAGAGAUCCGUAUAGUGGAGGAGGUUCGUCUUACUCCCGCAAUCGUCCAGGUCGCAACAGUCAGUCGUAUAGAGAUUCCGAGAAUUCYUUCAUAGACCGUAGAAGSCGGUACAGAGAAAACCGAGACUACAAUUCCGAUUACGAUUUUACUCCAGACGAGUACGACGAUGCYGGGGAUGCUGCACGACGCCCUCGCCGCACGAAUACUGGAAGGGACAACCACGUGGACAAAGGUCGAAGCCGAUAUUCCACAGAUGGGCGAAAAAAGGAACGGUCGGGUCGUUCUUUGGAUGGUCGUGGUCGAGGGGGACGAGGACGGGGAAGGGGCCGCGGGAGGGGCGKUGGGCGAARCAAUGGCAGAGAAAGGUCUCAGGAGCAACGCAAGCUGGAGAGGCCCCCAACGCCUUCUUUGGCGUCCCGCCCAACCUAUUUUACAUGCCGACACACAUACGAGUCGGCGCUUCGCCAAGAACUCCAGCGGUCGAUCGCUGCACAAGCGCGAGCAAAAUCGUCCGAUAUAGCUCCCAAUUAUAAAGAACUCGUUUCCUUUUCGAAACCCCACCCCGGCCUAGUGUUGGUUUCCACGGAAGACGAUGCCAUCGCUUCCUUUCUAUCUACGCUGCGCCCCACCUAUGCGCUCCAGACCCUUUCCAACUGCGUCGUUGUCCAGGCCGAGAGCAUCAAGGGAUUGGCCAAGGCGGUCCUGGGCUCUCAGAUUGUGGAACAAGGUGGAGGCCUCCUUCGAAGCGAAUUGGUAUCGGCAUCGAGGGGAUCCCUGGCCGUUCAUGCUCUUGUCCCCGAAAUGGGACGCGGAAUGCCGGAACCGAACCUCCMGCAAUACCGGCGGGCGACCAAGAUUGGAGAAGAAAUAGCGGCGCAGCUCCAAAAGCGGUGCAAGGCGGCCCGGAAGGCCAAUGCCGACGACGAAUGCCACGAAAAAUGGCUGUUGCAAAUCAUGUUGCUGGAACCCCAGGUUGUGGCRGCGAGUUUUUCCAGGUGCAGAAGCCGUGAACCCUCCUCUCCCGGGCCACACUGGACUUGGCCCAGCUGGAAUCUYCCMGCCGGCCUUGCGUACGUGGAASUCGACGAGGGCAACGACGGCGGCUACGACGACGACKACGACUACGACAGGUCACCAAGAGAAGGAGGGCGAGACAACACAKGCAGCCACGUCACGGUCCCCUCCUCGGCCUAUCGUAAGCUGCUCGAGGCCUUUUGGUACCUCGGAGAGCGGCCUCCCUCGUCUUCCCCCCACCCGGUGAUAGAUCUCGGCGCCUGUCCCGGGGGAUGGACGGGAGCCCUGCGGCGCAUGGGCUGCAGCGUCGUCGCCGUGGACCGAUCGCCCCUCGACGAGGGGCUCAUGGGGGAUCCGAGGGUCACCUAUGUCGGGGGGGACGCCUUUCGCUACGUCCCGCCCUGGGCCAGAAASGASAACGACCAUUGGCCGGGAAAGACGCUCGGAGAACCCGUUCCCAACACCUGGAUGGUGUCCGACAUCAUCGCAUACCCCGACAAGAUCACGGAGCUCCUGGACCAUUGGUGCGGUCGAAACUGGAUUUCGCACGCCAUUGUGACCAUCAAGUUUCAAUCGGAGAUCCCCUGGGAGGACGUCGAAAACGCCACGGCGAUUGUGAGAGGGCACGGCUACGAUUGCCGGACGGUCCACUUCUUCAACAACAAGAACGAGAUUACGUUUUUGGCGGUCAAAGAGGGUUGCAGCAACGACAACAACGAUAGUUCGAAUCUGCUUGGAAAGCCAAUGUACUCUCCCAUACUGCCGAAUCCGAAGAAAAAAUAGUUCGAUAGAAGAACUUUUGAGCACAACUGGUUCUCUCUGUAGCAGUCUAGAAACUCAGAAAAUCGUACCCUGUUUGCCGUAGUAACUACUGCUGCUACUAGUAGUGCAAGUGGCAAACUCCGAUACUGCUACUAUACGAAGAAGAUAAUGAAAAGACGUUUCGAUA